CUCAAUGGUGGCAUUUCGUCCCUUCGAGUUAGUUUGCUUUGCCACAGCGUGCCAAACAGAACGGCGCCUUCGAGCUGUGUAGACGCCGGAUCCCGGGAGUUAUUUAGUUAGUGUGCAGUGUGAGAGGAAGAUCAGUGUUCGGGAACGUUUGUUGGAUAGUAGUUUGCGCUUCAGCGGUCCCCGUCGGUUGGUUUUCUGAACAGUGCGCGGGUAUCGAUUUAUACAUCAAAUUAAUAUCUCCAUCAGCUCUCGCGUGGAUGCGAGAAUCGUUUGUAUUUAGAAGAACCCGACCUGUGUGUUUUCGUUGGUACAACAUGUGUAAGAUUUUUGUUUGAUUCUCCUGGCCGUGACCACUAGUUAAGAGAGUGGAUCUGAUAGUAAGUGGACAGUUGGCUGUUUUCCUGUUUUGCAGCAUUUCCGAGCGGUGUGUGUCGCCGUCUCAGAUCGUCGCGUUAGUUCAACCGUAGUGUGUUAUGUUUGAAGAGGUGUGAUUUUCUAAAUUCGUCAAACGACAGCUGAGUAUGUUAAAUCAAUUAAAAGCAGAAGCUGCGCGCGCGGAGAUAAAGAUUUGAGUAAAGGAAAAGAAACAUCAAUGAUAUAAAGCGCGGACGGGGUGCACUGAGGUGGAGUAACCUCGCUGUUUGUAGCUUGUCAUGCUUAUGAUUGAUUUAAUCAGAUCGGUGAUCGUCUCCGGUGUGAGUGAUCGUGCAUGUGAUUGCUAUAAUGAAGAGUGACGUUUAUUGACAACUGAAACAUAUUUCUAUAAUUUUGAUUGAUUUCUAAACGCUCCUCGGCUCCGGAUUUUUGUCAUGCGGUUCAAGUACGUGCGUUCCUGACCGACUGUUCCUUCUGCUAUUCUGCAUGAGAGCUAUUCGCUCUAAAAAUACGACUAACGACGAUCGAGGUUGUGUGUAGAAAAAAGGACACGCGCAAUCCAGCGAUCCAAACGAAUUGAAGCCAGAGAUCGAUUCCUGUUGAGUGGAGAACUGCUACUGUGUGACAGCUGAUGGCAGAUUGAGUAGCAGCCAAUUAUCAUCGCUAUUGGGGCUUUUAGUGAAGAUCGUUCAUUCUCGUUGGUGCUUUCGGUUCCAUCAAAGCUAUGCAGGUUUUGUGCAAUAGUGAAAAUCAUUAACCAGUGGAUCUGUGUAACGCCAAAUUCAAAUGGCGUGCAGUUUAAAAAUGUCUUUAAGCUUAGCGUUAUUAAGUGCGCUCAUCUGUUCGUGUUUAAUGGUUGCUGUCAAUGCUGAUGCUGCGUUAGUCGGCAUUAGAGAGCCUUGCGCGAACGAAGGUGAAGAGGUCAAAAUCGACAUGACGGCGUGCUACAAAUGCAUCUGCAAGAAUGGAUUCGUGGAAUGUGAACCAGAAAGCUGUCCAGCGGUUGACGAUUGCUAUCUAUACAAUAAGAAGGCUCCUGGGAGAUGCUGUGAUAAAUGCGUAGGGUGCUUAUAUGAAGGCCGUAUGAUUGAAAGCGGCACUGAGUGGACCAAUCCCGAUGACCCAUGCGAACACUAUAAAUGCGUUUCCGGUGUGAUAACGCAGUCGCACAUCAAAUGCUACACCCCCUGCUCGGAUCCGCUCCCUUUGAAGAAUGGCCAGUGCUGUCCAAUAUGUCUAGGAUGCCAACUGAACGGGCAGAAGGUAACGAACGAGGCAACUCUGAGUGAGGACCCGUGCGUCAAGUGCACCUGUGAUGGGCGCAAACUGACCUGCACGAAAAACUCUUGCCCGGUGCUGCAAUGUCCGGCCACUAAGCAGACUCGAAACCCAGGGGAGUGCUGCGCCCGCUGCAUGGAGCGUCGCGAGGAGUUCAAACUAGGCCUGCAGAAACAUUGUGUGAUUGGCAAGGCGGUUCACUUCCACGGAGCCUCGUACAAAGCCGAUCAGUGUGCGUUGUGCGAUUGCCGCAACGGAACGACGUUUUGCAAGAAAAACACCUGCCCAGUGCUGGAGUGCGCCGUCGAGGAUCAGGUUCAAGGACUGAAUGAUUGCUGCCCGUCGUGCCCAAUACCGGCGGAGUUCAAGUCUACGUGUACGCACCAGGGCCAGGUGUAUGAGAAUGGCCAAACUUGGAGUCUGAACGCUUGCACAUCCUGCGAGUGCCGAUCAGGUGAGGUUAGGUGCGCGAGAAGUCAAUGCCCCCCAACGAAGUGCAAACCCAACGAAACCGUCAUCAAACUCAAAAACGAAUGCUGCUCGAAGUGCGUUGAAAGUCCGGGGGUGUGCACAGUGUUUGGCGAUCCUCACUACAAAACGUUCGAUGGCUAUUUCUACAGCUUCCAGGGGUCGUGUAAGUAUCAGUUGACGGCCGACUGUAAGGAUCACACCUUUUCGAUACGAGUGACCAACGAUGCGCGGUUAACCAAGUCAUCAUCCUGGACCAAAACGGUGACGCUGAAGCUCGGGAAUCUGAAAGUGAAUCUAGGGCAGAAAAUGAGGGUUAAAAUCAAUGGCAGUAGGGUGGAUCCCCCUUAUAAGUUAGAUGGGGUAUUAGAAGUUGUCAAAAGUGAUGACGGUACGGAGGUGAUCGUGAGCACCGUUCUUGGGAUUAAAUUGACUUGGGACGGAAAUAAUUUUAUUCAGGUAGAGGUUCCUGUUAUGUACAAAAACAAACUAUGCGGUCUAUGUGGGAACUACAACAACGUUUUCCGAGAUGAUCUUUUCUCCAGGGCUGGGGUUAACAUGACCGAUAAUGUGUGGAAAUUUGCUCAGUCUUGGGCGGUUGGUGGCGAGAAAGCAUGCACUCGACCAAGAAAGAAGGAGCUUGCAGCGAAAAAUUCCCAAUGCAGGCCAAAGAAAUUUUUCACGUUCUGUAAGAUACUGAAAACGGACGUCUUUGGCGAAUGUAACUCUCAACUGAAUCCGGAAAACUACUUCGAAUCCUGCAAGAUUGACAUGUGUGAGUGUCCUCAUAAGCAGUGCUACUGUGACAGUUUAGCGGCGUAUGCCCACGAAUGUGAACGACAGGGAAUUCGGUUACCAAACUGGAGGCGCGAUACGAACUGCUACCCCAAUGCUACCAACUUUUUCGCAUCUCAUCACCAUCAUCUGUUGAUGCAGCAACCCGUUGGGCCGUCGAGGAAACGACACCAUCAACCGAUUCAAAGGCAACAGAAAAAUGCAGUAGGGAAUGCUCCGCCCAGCCAUCGGAAAAAGCAUCGACUGCAGCCACCACCUAGGCCUGUGUUAGAAACCAGCUCGCGACGAGCGCCACCGCCAUUAUAUUCCUAGAUCCACUUAAGAACGACAACGGGACGAAGCUAGGAUGUAACUUGAAUAUGCAUGUUCUUGAAACAGGAAAGUCGAUGUUUUUUUAAAUGUUAGUCGAUGAAGUUUAAGGAAUCUGUUUAUGAUUCGAAAAAGAGCCAUUUGAAUCGAAAAUGAUAUCGACUUCCGAAUUUUCUAGAGCAACUAAAAAUAGGGUUGCAUUUCGGAUCAGACAUCGUACCAUGAACGAGAGUAAAAUUAGUAAGAUUAGAGUGAUAUCGAGUGAAUGUGAUUAAUGAGAGAUAUGUGUGUAUAGGUGAAUGUUUUAAUUUAGAACUCAAACGUAGGAUUUUUUAUUUAAUUAUCCUCCCUGAUUGUAACUUAUUGCUUUCUAUUGUAACUUAGCCUAGAGAACCGUUGUGAAAUAUUUAACGAUAUUUUCUGACACCAGAAUGCCAAAAUCAGCGACAGAAUGCAGCAGGGUACGGAAACAGUCGCUACGAACGAAACUCAUUAGCGCGUUAGCGUAUUGCUCUACUAGAGAUUGUAAAUAUGUUUUAGCUUGUUAGGGAAACGUAUCUCAUCCUGUUUGAAAGGAUUAGUUUUGUUUUACUUUUUUGUACAUUUGUUUUUUAAUUGCUAGUGCGGUAAAUAUGACCUACUUUUGUGUACAGAUAGUUUUAGUUAGGGUUUCAUCGAAUUUCAUCAGUAUUUAUUUUACUUUUCACCGAACAACAGGUAGGUUAAAUUAAAUUACGUUUUAAUUACAGAAAGAAGGUAUGAAGCGUAAAGGAAGCACUAUCGAACAGUAAAAUUUUUUCCACUUUUUUAAUUAAGUGCUCUUGCACCUGUUCAAAUGGGUAAACCAAUUUUAAUUAUUUGCAAAUGCCAUUUGUUUACAUUUUAGAUAUCUCAGAAACUUUCUUGAGAAACCAUCUAACUAAUUAUUUUUCACCUAGUUAUCGCAGUGCCGAUGUCGUCGUGAUUGUAUAUCAGAUAAAUAAAUAAAUCUUACAAUUCUGUAUAAAACCACCUGAUCGAUCCACCUUGCUCGCUGUGCACCUCGCCUUUUUGUUCCAUUUUGAAUCAUUUUUCUGGAUUACUGUCCAACAUUCUGGCUACGUGCCCGGCCCACCGUAGUCUUCCGAUUUUCGCGGUGUGAACGAUGGAUGCUUCUCCCAACAGCUGAUGCAACUCCGCCAUCUGCACCCCACCAUAGAUGGUACGCAGCACUUACCUUUCGAAAACUCGAAAUGCGCGUUGGUCCUCCACGAGCAUCGUCCAGGUCUCGUGUCCCUAGAGGACUACCGGUCUAAUAAGCGUUUUGUAGCCCACGUCCUGGUGUUAGGUAGGACGCUAAUCAGACCUGACGCGACGGCCCAAUAAGCCGCCUUUAAAACAUCCAUUACGACAACAUAGAAGAUAAUUAUUGUACUAAAGUCUCCCAAAUUUGUAUGUGGCAAAAUUAUAUACAAAUUUUGCAAGGUUUUAUGGACGAACUGUUUUAGAAUUUGCUAUCUGCUGGUUGGGUGUAGUACCUUCAGAUUGGCGGAGGGUGUCAUGUAAAAGACAAAUUUUUACAAAGAUUUAUAUUAAAAUCAUAUAAAUCUAAACAUUAAUACUCAAACCUUUAUGUGUCUAAAAUUUUAGAACGCUACCCAUGAUGAUAGCAUUCUGACAUCUGUAAAAAGAAUUGAUAUCCUCCGAGCGUCUUCCCAAGCAACCAGAAGUUCGGAUAAGAAGGGCUAUUUUGGCUUAAUCAGCUCUCAUUUUAAGUAAUUUUUUGUAUGUAACGGAACUUUAAGUGAACUUUAAAGUUCCGUUAAGGAUGCUUGGAACUUGAUGUGAACCAUUGUGAACCAAUUAGUUCGGUUAAGAGUAAAUUUAAGUAAAAUCUGAACUUCUGGUUGCUUGGGUUGGUAUAUUGCUCCGGCACAAAAAACUCUCCCAAUGAUUCUGUUCUCUAUCUGACUUGUCUCAUUGCUAGAUGAGCAAGAAUUCUUUUAAUCGAUUUGCGUUGAGCUUCGGUUGACAAAAGUUUUUUUACCUGACCCGAAAACUCUGCUGUUGCAUUGCGAAUGAGUUUAGCAUGUCCUCGUGAGUCUUCUGCUGCCCCGUCGCGUGAGAUUGUUUUUCAUUUUAAUCUCAUGAACUCAUUGGGUUAUUACCAUGGUUGUGAUCACAAACCGAAAUGAUAUUAUGUUUACCAUUUCUCAAUUGUGUAACCAUUUGAUAACCACGUUAUUGUUCCGAUGUACAUACUGUCGUGAAUCGUAUUUUUGUCCCAUAUGAAUAGGAAACCCAGCAAAAAUUGGAAAGAUAUGCGAUUCGCGGUAGUAUACAUACUCUAAAUAUUCCCAUUAAUAAGUAUUUCAUCCUAAUGAACAAAGGGCAGUAGAACAAACACAUCUUCUUCUUCUUCAUAUUGGCAUUAUAUCCCCCACUGAGUCAUUGCCGCCUGAAAACUUAGUGUUCAUUCAGCACUUCCACAGUUAUUAACUGCCAGGUUACCCUUUUUUGCUUUGGUAUGUACAAUGAGGCUAACACGAUGAUACUUUUAAGCCAAGGUAAGUUGGGAAAAUUUCCAACUUGAAAAUUUCUUAGGGUGGACUGAGAAUUGAACCCAACCACCUUCAGCAUGGUCUUGCUGUUUAUCUGGCAAAUACAUAUAAAGUUAAAUUCAUGUCCAAAAAGCCUGGAAGAUAUGUAUGAUAACAACGAUAACAUGUGGUUUUCGAUUGAACAAUGCUUUGCAAAACCUCAAUUGAAAACACGUGCAUUUUUCGCAAAUAAUUAUACUCACAGAUCUCCUGAU